AUGUGGCGACUCAAGACAUUGGGUGCACCCAAAGUUCUCCUUUUCACAGUUUUGCUCGUGCUUUGGACGGAAGAUGGCAUGGCACAAGGUCCACCGGACCACCUGGUGGAUGUUCCACUAUGGAGGACCCAGUCCGAAAAGGCACCUGGCAUUUUCAAACUCUCCGGCAGUUGGUCGGCUGAAUGCCGGGCUACUCCAUUGUCCAAUGGCUCCAAGGAGGUGUCAGUGCUGCAAGAGGCAGACACAUUGCCUGUUCUCAUCGAACUGUUCAAGGCUGGAAAGGUUGAUGCUGCAGACGAGAAGACAAGGGCUAAGCUUAAGGCAAAACUGCGACGGACCUGUGAGCUGAAGAAGGGUGGCAAACUCAAUGUCCCCCUUUGGCUCCACCAACAGUGGAAAAAGGGAGACCACAUGCAGAUGGCUUUGGAUUUUGCCGCCUGCAACUUCGACAAGGACGAGUUCAUCAAAACCGUGGAGCGAUCAGUGGAGACCAAGGAAACCGAGAAGAACAAAGACAAUGGUGCGAAGUUGGACGGUGUGAACAGCAAGGUCCUUGAAGACUUUGACAAGAGGAACAAGGCAAUGCAAUCUGCUGCCACUGCUGGUACUUCAGAGGCUUUGAGGUCGAAGAAUGUCUUCCGCAAGUUCUGUGAUAGUGUACUCCAGAAGGCGGCCAAGAUCCGAUCAUUGGUUGCAGAUCUUCACACCCACUACGAUACAGACUCUACUGCACAAAAGUCUGCCAAAGCCCUGGAGCAGGACUUGAAUGAAAUGGACAAGGUCUACUCCACCCUCUCGAAUUUGAUGGCUGAGGGCGAGAGGGCGGAUUUCGACACGGAGUGCACCAAAAUUGCCCAGAAUGAAGCCCGGAUCAGGAGUGCCAAGCGGCACUUCAAGCGCGGAGGAACAACUAUGAAGAUGGAUUUGACCUUAGACAAAUGGACAGACAACCUCAAGGAAAACAAACCUUUCAUGCAUCCGCUGGAAAGACUCUUGCCUGAGUAUGACUACAGCCGGUAUGAAGAUAUUCGCAACCUACCUCGUACGCCUGAUGUGUUCAUGUCGAUGCAAAAACAUGAACGGUUGAGUUGUAGGCUCCCCAAACCCAUGGCUACAGCAGGGAAAGUGCUGGAACAUGCGGUGGCAACAUUUGAUUCGCUUUAUCAAAAGCAUUCUCCCAUCACCUUCAAGUUCGGGAUCACCCACAACCCUAGCUUCCGGUGGUCCAACUCAAAGUUCGGCUAUGAGAAGUCAGUUGAGCGUUUUCAAGAUAUGGUGAUCAUUUAUGCUGCUGGGAAUCCACAUGGCCCAGCAUUUUUGGAAGCAGCCAGCUGCACCAGCCAAAUCGCUACUGCCAAAGCUGUGGCAGCCGAGUUUGGAGAGACAGCGGCAAGUGAGUGUGGGGUGCUAGAUUGGGCAAGGGUUCCCUUGUCCCAUUCAGAAGAGAAGGUCCAUAAAGUUUGCAAAGAGCAAAGAACAACUCUUGAUCUUCCAAUCACUGAGUUUCGUGCUGGGCCCCAUAUGAUCCCAUGGCUCUCGCCACAAGACUGGUUGCAAUUUAUCGUAGAUCAUGGUUGUUGGCAUGCCCUUGCGGGCCUGAAAGAUGAUCAAAGGCACUUAGCUGAGCCGAGAUGGGAACACUUCUGGGCUGAGUAUAGAAAGCUCCGGCCCAACUUUGCGCCUUUCCUUGAAGAAAGAGAGAACAUGGAUUGGUCCCGAACGGUAGGAUUGCUACUCCAUGGAGACGAAGGGAGAACCUUGAAACGCGGUGGUCUUCUGGUGACGUCAAUACAGUCGAUCUUGGGCUGCGGCUUUGAUGAGAAACGCACCAAGCGAUCUACAGACCCGACGAAACUGCACGUGAAUUACUCUGGACAUGUGUAUACGACUCGUUUUGUCACAUCAGUCAUCCCAAAGACUUUGUAUGAGUCUGGAAAUGGGGAUAUCUUCUACGAGGCCAUGACUGUCCUUGCCAGAGCUUUGAAUGGGCUUCUGGAAUUUGGUGUGACCUGCAAAACUACUGGAGUCUGCUACCGUGCUGUGGUGUUGGGCUGCAAUGGUGACCUUCCCUAUUUGCAAAAGGCCGGAAGGCUCACAAGAGCCUUUAACACUGGGGUGAAGAGAGGUCGAGAGAAUGCCAGGCCUCGUGACAUAUGCCACCUCUGCCUUGCUGGCACGGGUGAGCAUCACUAUGAGGAGCUGUCAGGAGUGAGGCCCUCCUGGCUUGUGACCAUGGGUGUCAAGCUGCCAUGGGUGGAACCUCCGCCUUUCAUAGCCGAGCUUCCGCACGACCUUGCGGAUCCCGCAUCCUUUUUCAUGUACGAUGUUUGGCACACAGUCCAUUUGGGAUUUGGACGUUCAACAGUGGCUUCUUGUUUGCAGUUGAUGCUUGACUACCUGCCGUGCUCGAACUUGGAUGAGCGUUGGAGCUUUCUCACAGACCACUAUCGGCGGUGGUGUCGGAGUGAGCACCGACAACCGCACAUAACGAAAAUCACAGGAUACUUGAUGAGCUAUGGUGACAAGACUGGUGCCAUGGGCAACUGGCACAAGGGUGCGCUAACAACAAAUUUCUUGAAGUGGUUGCCAUCCUUGAUUCGUGAAUUUGCCCACCAAAGUGAAGAGAUGAACAAGUGCCUGUUGGCUGUGUGCUCCAUGAAUGCGUUCUUCAGCUUCCUGUAUGAGAGCCCACUCUUUUUGGACAGAACAGAGAGCCUGUUUGCAGCAAAGAAGGUGUUGGACUUUUUGCGCAUGUACCAAGAGUUGGCUGUGCGACAGUGGCAGAAAUCCCUUCCGCAUCUGUUUCCGCUUUACCCAAAACUGCAUGUCUUCCACCACAUUGGCUUGCAGCUCCUUCAUGAUUCUUCAGCAUGCGGAUUUGCAUGCAACCCCAUUUCGGUUGCAACACAGGUUGAUGAAGACCUGAUUGGCAGAACGGCUCGAGUAAGCCGAAGGGUUUCCAUCAGGACAGUGAUGGAUCGCACACUUCAGAGGUACUUGAUAUCAUGCAAGGCAAGUUGGAUCAAAGCUGGCUUGCUCAGAUGA